AUGUCUGUGAGACGGACGAGAUCGGUAUCUAAGUGGAAAGAAGUCCUAGGCUUCGACGAGGGGUUCUACCCCACAUCCGAAACUCCUCCUCCAUAUCAUCGCUAUGAAUCCCCCGAAUCCAUCUAUGAAUCAGUAGGGUCUAUCAGUCCUACUGUAUCCUACUAUCAUGAGACGCUCGAAGAACUCACACCCAAAUUUCAAUAUCACGACGCACCAGAAGUCGUAAAUUACAGUUAUAACGAUGCGCCCGAGGUGGUAGAAACUCCUCUCGAUUAUACCUAUUCAGAUGCUCCGGAAGCAGUGAUAGAACCUUCAGAUGCCUUGAAGGCAGUUAUAAAAUCUUCAGAUGCUCCGGAAGCAGUUAUUCGAUCCCCCACUUCAUCUAACUUUUCACAAACCCCCAUAUCAGCGAUAACGUCGAGAUUUAAUACCACUACUCAAUCGACGCAUGCACCGAGCAAUACUGCAUCUUAUACCCCUAUCAAUCCUUCUAGUUCCGGAAUCAGAUUUCCACGAGAUUUAACCUUUACGAGAAAUUCGAUAUACGAUAUUCUUCUCUCGCCAUCGUCAGCACAGCCAGUGAGCAAUGGUCAUAAACCUUCCUCCUCACCACCACCACUCUUCUACAUAACGAUUCAUCAAUCCACACCACAGAGUGUCCCAGCCCUACCACCUCCCAGUAAUCCCAAUAAACCGGAUAUAGCGCUCCAUUCCACCGCCUCACCCAAUUCACCCCUCCUCGCUUUUGCAAGCUUCAACACCGUCACCCUCAUAACAGAUAUAACCACUCUCCCACCACCCACGCGCCCACUCUCUCCCCUCACACCCCCCUCAUCCUCCUCUCACCCCUCAAAAUCCAUCGUUCCACCCCCAACAACCUACAAUCUUCCUACCUCCCCCAGCGACUCCCUCACAUUUGGCGUCCGAUCCCAAGGUUACAAGACCGAAAAACUAGUUCCUACCGGUGGAAUCUUCACCGCCGAGCGCUACGCCUUCUACCACACUCUUCCUCGUACUUUCGUGAAAGAGAAAUUCGAAUGGCGCCAAGUCUCCUCAUCUUCCUCCGCUCCACAUGUUGGACUUGCUUCCGUGCCCGAGGAAAUGACUAGCAAGAAGGGCGGGGUAAAAAUGAAGCUAAUGCGCUGUUCUACUGGCGAGACGAUAGCUGUGUAUGUCGGAGUUGGGAAUGAAGAUUGGGCUGACAAGGAACGGAAAAGGAGGCCAAGGAAGGAGAGGGGAAAGGUGUUAGGGAUGAUGAGGUGGUUAGAGCUUGAGAGUGGGAGUGCCGGGCUGGGAGAUGAAUUUGAGUUGAUGGGGGUAAUGAGCGUGUUGGGGGUCAUGGAAAGAUGGAGGAGGGUGAUGAACGUGCAGAAACAGUUGGGAAUGUUUACUUCGUGA